CCCACAAGUCCACUUCUCUAAGAAGAUUUGUUCAGAGAACACACGCUAAACACACAAAAACAAAACCUUCAAGAACAUAUCAUUUUAUUAUAUAUUAGUAGAAAAUGGAUCUUGAUUUAUUGCAAGAUCUGUCCAUGUUGAAAUUCCCAUCACCCAUCAAGAUCCGAUCCAACAACAGAGAUGAGGACGGCGGCGGUGGCUGCACCACUCCCACUUCCUCCGACCACAAGAUUCCUCCCUCCACCGCCACUACUCCUCCUCCUCCACCUCAAAAACGACGUGCACCUCCGUCGUCUCUUGUCUACAGAUCUUGCAAGAGGAAGCUUUUGACGUCAUCAAAGUUUGAGAUCAUCGUCAACAAAGAUGAGAUAGAUCGCUUCUUCUCCUCUGUUUACAACCAGACGAUGACGUCAUCUCCCACCACCACCACAACGACGUCCGUUCUCGCGGUGGCUAGGCGACGGAGAAGUUUCCGUUCUUGUUCCCGGAGAUGAUCAAUAAUUGGAAUUAACCACAAUCAUGUUAAAAGGUUCCUUCAUCUUGGUAGCUUUUUUUUUUUUUUGGUAGCUUUUUAUUUUAUUUAUUUUAUCAUUUUAUGUGAUGAUUCUCAACUUUAUAAAUAUACAUGUGCCUUUCCACCGAUGAAAUCUUUUUAUUUU